GGUGCUUUUCAACUUAGCUACAUCAAAAGCAAGAAAAAAUAAAAAGAAAGGUUGAACAGAGAAGAGGAAAAAAGAACGAUCAAGAACCCCCUAUAACACCACUUUCUAUUUCAUAUGCGCGAUCAGACCACGAAGAUGCACAAAAUACAGUAACAAGGGAUCAUUUCUGCCCAAUUGUGCCACUACAUAUUGCUGCACAGAAUCGAAGAAAGAGAAAACGUUUAAAUCAUUUCAAAGCUCUAACACAACAAGCUUCAUCAGCUGGUAUAUCACUUUAUUCAUUACAAGAUACAUUUGGAUCACCAAAAGAGUACACAAAUUUCCUCAAAGGUUUUGGAGGCACUGGCAAAACAUUCUUAUGGAACAAUAUAAUCUCCAAGCUACGAUCAGAAGCAAAGAUAAUAUUACCGGUGGCUUCAAGUGCAGUUGCUGCUUUGUUACUAUCAGGGGGAAGAACAGCUCAUUCAAGAUUUCAAAUUCCGAUAGAUAUCAACGAGUCAAGCACCUGUAAUAUACGACGAGAUGACAAUAACUCCAUUGAAAAAUAUCAAUGCAUCAUCGUUACAAGCAAAAAUAUGUGCAAGGGUUACAAGACUAUCUGAGUUUAGACUUGAUAAUAGCCCGCAUAAAAUCCAAAGACUUGAUUUCGUUCUACUGGAUGAAGAGGGAGAAGCUAUCGAAGCUCAAGUGCGUGAACGCCAAGUAGACCGAUAUAAACCGUUGCUCAAAGAAGAUGAAGUAUAUUUCAUUCAAUACUUCCAAAUAUUUCCAGCAAAAACAACUUACCGAGCAGUUAAUCACAUGUACUUGAUUAAAUUUACAAAUUACACGGAGAUCCAUAAAAUGGCAACAAUCCCUCCAACAUUUUCAAAGAUUGCUUAUUCAUUGGUUUCAUUUGACAUGUUAAAAACAAGAAUAGAUAACAUCAAUGACAUGUCAGAUGUGAUAGGUAAGCUGACAACAGUGGCACAUACUACAACAUCCUAUGUCAAAGGAGUCCAAAAACAUAUCCGAAGGCUUUACUUGACAGAUGGCAGAGAAAGUAUUGAAGCUGUCCUUUGGGGUCGACAAGCUAUAGAUUUUCCCGCUGAACAAGUUAUUGAAGAAAGCAAAAGAACUUCAAUAAUUAUUUUACUCCUCGGAAUAACUUGCAAAUCACAUGAAGGUCAGUUGAAACUCCAAGGAAGCACCACAUGCCAAUGGCAUAUUAAUCCCAUUAUACCUGAAGCAAUUGCACUUCAAAACAGAUUCAAAGCAUAUUCGUAUGAAGUAUCGUGGUUAAAUGCACCUACUACAAGCACUGAAACCAUAACAACAUCCAUCAAUGAUCUUGCAGAUGUCACUAACCCACACAAGAUAUAUGGUAAUACAUAUCAGGUUGAAAUUGUUAUAAAAGCCCUCAAAUCAAAUCAACCGUGGUGGUACCUUGGCUGUACUUCAUGCCACAAAAGAGUCUUGGAGGAUGGUAGUGGCUAUAAGUGCCCAAAAUGCGGCGCAGCUACAGCUGAACCAAUGUACCGUAUCACUAUGAUAGCAAUUGACCCAGCUAAUUUCAAUGAAGAGGACCCAAAAAGUAUUGAGAUUAUUUUCUUUGGUGCCACUGGAGAGCAACUGACGGGUGUUUCAGCUUUAACACUUGCAGCAUCUUCGACAAUAAAUUCAGAGACAAUACCUUCAGAAAUUACACGCUUAUAUGGUAACAAAUACACUUUAAAGAUCAGUGUCCCUUUUUCCUCCAUGCAGCGAGCGGAUAUAUCAUUUCAAGUAAAGUCUAUAAUAAAUACAAGUGGCCCAAUUGCUCCUACACUACCUACAACAAGCCAAAUAUCAGAAACUACUUCAGGUCAAGUGCAUAACUCAGCACCAGCAACAAUUUCACAGGAAGAGCAUAAAAAGGACACAGACAACCCGUUGCCUUUAGAUGAGACACCACUUAGAGAACAUGUUGCUUCAGCUACAAAAGCCACAGAAGCAGGCAAACGCCACCUCACUGAAGAAGACACAGAGCCAUCUGAUCCCAAAAACAUAAUCAGAUAUCAAGUAUCAUCACCAAUUGCCAACGCCGGCUGUUUAUCCAGGUCCUACUUUUCAUGUACCUUCUAACUAGCAAAUAUGUAAACAUAGCCCUUGCUAAAUAAAUUA